AUGGCGGAGUCGACCGAAUCAACCAUCGAUAAAGCUCUAGAUAAAGCGCUAGAACGUCUCAAUGUGAGUCGAGAGAAGGAGAAAAUUAUUCUUAAGAGGGAGCAGGAAACGGCUGUGAAGGAGCUGCUUGCUGGACGGGAUGUCAUGGCAAUUUUGCCCACAGGGUUCGGCAAAAGCCUAAUAUUCACCGUUUUUGCCAUUGCGAAGGAGCAAUUGCGAUCAGAAAAGACGUGUGUGAUUGUGGUUUCCCCUUUAAAAAGCAUAAUUGACGACCAAAUUGCCGAAAUGGCGUCUUUAGACUUCACAGCGUUGGAAUUGUCUGGCGAAAAUUUGACGUCUGUUCUGCGUGACCCGCCACAAUUCUUAUACUGUACUGCAGAAAAUGUCCUCCAAACACCAUUUCUUGGUGAACUGAAGAACAGCAACACAGCUAUUCAUAAAGCAGUAUCGGCGAUUGUGGUUGAUGAGUCUCAUACAGUUGAAUCAUGGACGGGAAAGAGGUGAGAGGAGAAAGCAAGUUAUGUUGUUAUUAUUUUACAUGAGCUUGAAAUCCUAUGUGCCAUCAAAACUUGAAAUUUUUGCCACGCAAACUUGAGCUGAAAUCUGAAUUGUUCUUUGCAUUGUCACAAUCAGGAAAGGAAAAUCCGCAAAGCCUAAUCGUGUGUUUCGUGGGGCAUAUGGCAAACUGUCAAUGCUUCGAUCGAUGUGUAAAGAUGGUGAGUAGGCACAGAUUGGCACAUUGUUUUGUUUUGUUACUAUGACUUUGAAUCAAUUAAUCAAAGACUCUAUUUAACUUCGAAAUUGUUUCUUGCAAAAUGCAUAAAAUAUUAUUAAAGUACAUCAAUAAGUGAAAUAAAUAGGUAGAUACAUAUAAAUAAGGAAGAUAAAAAUCAAAUAUUUUAGAAAAAACUAUACAUGUAUGUGGCCAUGUAUGUACAGGUAAUUUUCAAAAUUUAACAUUGGACACAAAAAGAACAGCAUUUAUUAUCCAGCUGAACAGUGUUUUUUUAAUGCAAUGUUAAAGGCAGCAAGAGAAGUAGACACACGGAUAUUAAAUUGAUAGCUUACCUUUGUCUGCUGUAUAGGAUUAAUAUGGAUAUGGUGACCCUUUCCUUUAACUCCAUUGUUAUUCUGUUUAUUUAAAGGAACUCCAGUGUUAGCCCUAACCGGUACUGCAGACAGCGAUACAGAGAAUACAGUUAUUAGCGAACUGCUGAUGAGGAACCCGGUGACACUGUUUGUAAGUCCAAACAGAGUUAAUUUAAGACUUUCGGUUCACAAGGUCCCCAGGUUAAAUAUGUUGAAGCAUCUUGAUUGGCUUGUGGAUAUGAUCAAGCAGCAUGGGAAGGAUACCCCCAAAACUAUUAUCUUCUGCGAUACACUAUAUUCUGUUGCAAGUGUCAUGAACUACAUGAUGAUGACACUGGGAGAGGGUGCUUUUUAUCCAAGAAAUUCAAGGAAACAUGAACACUGUUUGUUGGGAAUAUUCCAUUCCCUUUCACUCAAGGAAUACAAGGAAAGGUUGCUUCUUUCUUUUAAAGGCCAAGGACUCAAACGAGUAGCUAUAGCUACAACGGCACUUAGUAUGAGUGUUAAUUUUCCUGAUGUCCGUUAUGUAGUGCACUUUGGCCCUGCAAGGAACCUUCUUGACUUUCAUCAGCAAGCAGGGCGAGCUGGACGGGAUGGGAACCCGUCUGACAUUAUCGUGUUAUUUUAUGGGCAGCAGCUAUCUCACUGUGAGGAUGACGUCCGUUCUUUUUUAAAAUCUACUACAUGUUACCGUGUUGCAAGCUAUUCAAGUUUUGACCCUGAUAUUGCUCCAUUGCUUCCAUCUCAUGACUGCUGUAAUUUUUGUGCAAAGAAUUGCUGCUGUGACAGCCCAGACAGUUGCAAAGGACCACUCAAACCAUUUGAAAGGGAAUCUACAGCUGAACAAGAAAACCCAGCCCAAUGUAGACAUGUUUCAGAUGAAGAGAGAGCCCUUUUAAAAGGUGCACUCUCAGAGCUGGAGUCAAGUAUGUCCCAAGGCUAUGGAAGAAGUGCAUUUGGGUCAGCAUCGAGUCACGGCUUCUCAAAAGAACUCAUCUUUGAUGUGGUGGCACAUUGCCAUAAAUUGUUUUCAGUUGAGGAUAUCAUUGUGAAUGUUCCAGUUUUUUCAAGGAGACAUGCUGUUGCAAUACUUGGUAUUUUGAAUGAGGUUUUCGAUGACAUAACUGAAAACAAUUUUUUAGGUUCUUUUACAGAUGCUAACAAUGAUUAUUUUAACAGUGAAUUUGAUAAUCUACUAGAGAGCUGUUACGAGGACUUUGUAGAAGACUUUGCAUUUGAUCCUGAUGCUUUGCCAGAGUGA